AUGAGCACCCAACACCGGAGCACCGCCAAAGGUCAGGUACUGUGCGUUAGCGUACUCAACAAUUAAGUUCAAGGCCAAAAUGACAACGCAGAAGAGCACGAUUGGGCUUACUGAAGACAUUUUUAUCUAAAAAAAAUUUUUUUAAAUCCUGAUAUCAUACAAGCUCGUAUUUUACAAAAAAAAUAAAAUUUAACUGUACAGGCCAAGCCGAGCCAAGACAAGCCAAGUCAAGCCAAGCCAAGCCAAGCCAAGCCAAGCCAAGCCAAGCCAAGCCAAGCCAAGCCAAUCCAAGCCAAGCCAAGCCAAGCCAAGCCAAGCCAAGCCAACCCAAGCCAAGCCAAAUCAAGCCAAGCCAAGGCACAGGCAAGGUACAGGCAAGGCACACGGCAAGGCACAAGGCAAGGCACAAAGCAUGGCACACGACAAGGCACAGAACAAAGCACAGGCAAGGCAAUUUAA